GAAUUACGAUUUAUUCGUUAACAUCCGGUAAGCUGAACCCCGAGAAUAGUAACAAUUCGUUUGGUAGAAAAAAUAAGAAUAUUGAAAAGGAUGUUGAAAAAAAUUCUGUUGAGAUAUUACAUGAUUUGGAAUUUCCUGGAAAAAGUGAUGAGAUAAAAAUAAGUGAUGACGGUAGAUAUUUUUGUAUAAGUGGAAUGUAUCCCCCCCAAGUAGGUUUAUAUGAUACUAAAGAAUUGUCUAUAAAACAUCGACGUCAUUUUGAUGAGGAGGUUCGAACGUUUGAAUUUUUGAGUAGUAAUUAUGAGAAGAUUGUUUUUUUAUGUAAAAAUAGAUAUAUAGAAUUUCAUAAUGCAGCUGGGAAAUAUCAUAAGAUGCGUAUUCCAAAGGAAGGGCGUAAUAUAAUGUAUAAUAAAGAAACUUGUAAUUUAUAUAUAUGUGGUUCAUUUGAUAGUAUAUAUAAUUUAAAUUUACAAAAUGGUUGUUAUGAGAAUAGUUUAAAAACAAAAAAUGAAGAAAAUAAUUUUGUUUGUAAGAAUCCACAACUUCCUAUUUUUUGUACAGGAGGAACAGAGGGGAUUUUAGAAAUAUGGGACGAAAGAAUAAAAAAAAGUAUUAAUUUUUUAAAUAUGGGAAAUGAAUAUGAUGAAUUAACAUCUUGUUCUUUUUCGGAUAAUGGAUUGAAAAUAGCGAUAGGUUCUGAAAAAGGUAUAGUAAAAUUAUAUGAUAUAAGACAUAAUAAGCCCUUAUUUAUUAAAGAUCAUUGUAAUGAUUUAGCGAUUAACAAAAUAGAAUUUUUAAAAAUUAAUAAUAAUAAAUAUAUUUAUAAUAAGAUGGAUGAUAAUAUAUUUAAUAAUAAUGACAAUACAUCAUGUAAUGAAUUUCUUGCUUCUUGUGAUUCUAAUUGUAUAAAAGUAUAUUCAGAAAAGAAGAAUAAUUUAUUAUCAUUACAAGUUAUCAAUUUUAAUGAUGAGAAAAAAAAUAAUAGUAGUAAUAAAAAAAUGAAAUUAUUAAAUAAUGAAUUUAUAAAUAUAAAUUCAUUUACAUUUUAUAAGAAUUCGGGAUUAUGUUUUAUACCUUGUGAUAAUAAAAAAGUAUUUAUAUAUUUUAUACCUAUUAUUGGUAUAGCCCCUGAGUGGUGUAAUUUCUUAGAUAGUAUAACUGAAGAGUUAGAAGAAAAAGAAAGAUAUAAGAAAGAUGAUGAAAUUGAUCAUUUUUCAAAUGAACUUUUUGACGAUUAUUUAUUUAUAACAAGCCAACAAGUUGAUCAACUUAAUAUUAAUCAUCUUAAAGGUACCAAAAAUUUAAUUCCAUAUUUACAUGGAUAUUAUAUACCUAGUAAGGUAUAUGCAGAUAUCAAGAGUGUUAUACAUGAAACGGAUUUUGAAACAUAUAAAAAGAAUCUAAUACAGAAAAAAUUAGAACAAAAACAACAAAUGAGAAUACCACAAAAAAGUACUUUAGUUAAUAAGGAAUAUGUCCAUAAAUUACUUAACAAAGUACAAAAGAAAAUUGAUAAGAAACAAAAAGUUCUAGUCGAUGCACAAGAAUUAUUGGAAGAUAAAAGGUUUAGUAAAUUAUUUUAUGACCCAGAAUAUAUGGUCGAAACGGUGCAC